GCCUGGGCUCUGCUCUUCUGGGUACCCACUGCUGUCAGAGAGGCAGGAAAGGUCCAGGGCCAUCACCACUAGCUUUGCCUGUGUGUGGAUCUUGGGGGCUCAUGGCUACCAGGAUUGACUUCAAGGCCUGAAAUCCCUGGGGAUGCCACCCAGUCCCACAAGUCUACAUUCCCCUGCAGCUGAGCUGGGAGAUGGGGUGGAAGGUAGCCAAACCUGGGAGAUGCAGAGUACAGCUAAUUACCUAUGGCACACGGAUGACCUGCUAGGGCAGGGGGCCACUGCCAGUGUGUACAAGGCCCGAAACAAGAAAUCUGGGGAGGUGGUUGCUGUAAAGGUCUUCAACUCAGCCAGCUACCGGCGGCCCCCCGAGGUGCAAGUGAGGGAGUUUGAGGUGCUGCGGAAGCUCGACCACCAGAAUGUUGUCAAGCUCUUCGCUGUGGAGGAAACGGGAGGCAGCCAGCAGAAGGUGAUCGUGAUGGAGUACUGCCCCAGCGGGAGCCUACUGAGUGUCCUGGAAGACCCUGAGAACACAUUUGGGCUUCCCGAGGAGGAGUUCCUGGUGGUCCUGCGCUGUGUGGUGGCUGGCAUGAACCACUUGCGGGAGAAUGGCAUCGUCCACCGUGACAUCAAACCUGGGAACAUCAUGCGCCUGGUGGGGGAGGAGGGGCAGAGCAUCUACAAGCUGUCCGACUUCGGGGCUGCUCGGAAGCUGGAUGAUGAGGAGAGCUUUGUUUCUGUCUACGGUACGGAGGAAUACCUGCACCCUGACAUGUAUGAGCGGGCCGUGCUUCGUAAACCCCAGCAAAAGGCGUUCGGGGUGACUGUGGAUCUCUGGAGUAUUGGGGUGACCCUGUACCAUGCAGCCACCGGUAGUCUGCCCUUCCUCCCCUUUGGUGGGCCCAGGCGCAACAAGGAGAUCAUGUACAGAAUCACAACAGAGAAGCCAGUCGGAGCCAUUUCAGGGACUCAGAGGCAAGAGAACGGGCCCCUAGAGUGGAGCUAUAGCCUUCCCAUCACCUGCAGACUGUCCAUGAUUGCCAUCUUUUUGGAGGCUGUUUAUGAGCAGACCAACGUGCCUCCCAAACACCAGGAGUACCUCUUUGAGGGUCACCCUUGUGUCCUUGAUCCAAGCCUCUCAGCCCAGCACAUCGCCCCCACAGCUGCCAGCAGCCCCCUGAUUCUCUUCAGCUUGGCCAACGAUGCACCCAAGGGGCUGGCCUUCAGGGACCCUGCUCUGGACAUCCCAAAGUUCGUCCCCAAGGUCGACCUACAGGCAGAUUACAACACAGCGAAGGGGGUGCUGGGUGCUGGUUACCAGGCCCUGUGGCUGGCGCGGGUCCUGCUGGAUGGGCAGGCGUGGAUGCUUCGAGGGUCCCACUGGGUCCUGGAGGUGCUUCAGAACACGUGCCGGCAGACACUGGAGGUCACACGGACAGCUCUUCUCUUCCUCAGCAGCAGCCUGGGCUUUGAAAGGCCCAGCAGUGGAGUUGGGAUGUCAGAGUUCCAGGAACUAAAGGAGGCCACAGAGUUGUGGUCUAGACUGCAGACUUUCUCAGAGGUCCUCUCGAGAUGUUCCCACAACGUCACAGAAACCCAAGUGAGCCUGAGCAGCCUGGGAAAAGAGAUUUUGAAGAACCGGAAUCAGAUCCACGAUGACAGCAGGAGCAUCCAGAAGAUUCAAUGCUGUUUGGACAAGAUGCGCUUUAUCUACAAACAGUUCAAGAAAUCUAGGAUGAGGCCAGGACUCGGCUACAACGAGGAGCAGAUCCACAAGCUGGAUAAGGUGAAUUUUAGCCACUUGGCCAAGAGGCUGCUGCAGGUGUUCCAGGAGGAAUGUGUGCAGAAGUAUCAGGUGUCGCUGGUCACACACGCCAAGCGGAUAAGGCAGGUGCAGAAGGCCCAGAACCACCUUCACCUCCUUGGCCGCUCUGUGGCUGCCUGUAACACAGAAGCCCGGGAAGCCCAAGAGAACCUGAGCAAGAUCUUUGAUCGGCUCCUUCUGGACAGAGCAUCAGGAGCUGAGAUCUCACCACACCCCACGGCUCCUCAUCCCAUCCCUGAUCCAAAGGACCUGCUCUUCCACAUGCAGGAGCUUUGUAAUGAUAUGAAGCUGUUGGCCUUUGAUCUCCAGGACAACAACCGUCUCAUUGAACGGUUACAUAGAGUUCCAUCCGCACCCGAUGUCUGAGCUUUCUGGGGUGCACAAGACACUUGGAAGCAUUAGCGUCAUUCAUACUGUACCUCUGCUAUGUGAGGCCAAAUUCAGGGCAAGUUUCGGUCUCACCUCCCUCUUGGCCACUGGCCAACAAACUAGCAUUACUUUAACAGCCUGUCCUCGCGGACAGCUGGGACAGGGUCUCCUAGCUAUCCUGGACAGUAUCCAUCAGAGAGCAUGCAGCCACUGUUGAUUCAUCCUGGCACCAAGACUCUUCCUCCUCACCCGGACCUGGAGGGCUGAACUUAGGAGGGCCUUGGGAAGAGAAGGCUGAAUGACCCCACCACUUUGCACUUCCCAGGGACCAGCGGGCUCUCUCGGGGCUUCUCCAGGGUGCUGGAGCAGAGGACUUCGCCUUGCACACAGCCUGCCAUUUCCUGAGUGCCCCCAUCCCUGGCCACAAGCAACUCACAAACUGCCCCUUUGUGCUUUGUCUGGAUGAACCUGCAUUUCAGAAGGGGGUGGUUGAAGCCAGCUGCUGGUACUUUGAGGAGCUUCCUUUUGCCUUCCCUCCCUGAGGCACCCUGUGGUUCUGAGAAACAGCUGGUCAGUAUCAACAGGUAGCCACGCCAUCUGGACAGAUGUGGGAACCCAGAGUCCCUAGGAGACAGCAGGCCUACACCUUCGGAAACGGAAUAAAUGCGCCACCUUCUCU